AUGACUUCUGUGCGCGUGCGCACUCGUCACAAACACGGUGGCGUGUGUCUGUGUGUAAACAGCCGUUGAGACAUUUAAAUCGUCAGCUGUCAAAAGACACGAAGCGAGCACACUGCCGGCAGAUUUAACUUCGUCAGCAUUCAGCCCGGCAGCCGCGUUUGGGACUGAAAGUAACGGCGUGCAAAUGAAGAAUUUUGUAAAUCAGAGAAGCUGUAUGGGUGGUGUUUUGUAAGAGGAAACUGAGUUCAGGCUGUUGGACUCUGAGCUAUUAUGGCCGUCCUCUGUGACAGAAGACCGUCCUCGAUGUCCGCCCGCCACACACACCCUCACAACUUUGCCGAGAGGUUGCCAGCGGAGAUGAGCGUGAAGAUCUUCGGAGAGCUGGACGCCGAGAGCCUGUGCAGCGCCUCGCGGACCUGCAAGCUGUGGCAUCACAUCAUCGAGGAGAGCGAGCAGCUGUGGAGAAGACAGUGCCUGCUGGUCAGAGCCGUCUGUCAGAGGGAGGUGGACAGCGACAGGAGGGACGGCCUGUCCUGGAGGCUCACGCUGGUGAGGAACUACGCCCGCAGCUGCCUGAAGAGAGACUGGCUGACGGGACGUUACAGCCACGUGAGGUCAGCGGACGAGCUGAGCGGCAGGAAGAUGACGCCGCUGGACGCCGAGACGUGGGGAGAAAUCCUACAGGCCGAGCUGGACAGAUGACUGAAGUAUUUCGGAUUUUAUUUAAAGCACCUGAAGAGCCGCUGAGUGUCUGCUUUUUACCUCUAAUAUAUCUUUUAUAUUUUUGUGUUGUAUAUGAAUACACAGAAACAAUUGUACAUAAUUUUUUAAGAUAUUUUUUAAGAAAAAAGGACCAUGGAGAAAGAGACAUGAAUUAUUAUUGGCUGAGAUGAUUGUGAAAAAUAAGCUGUUUCUUUGAUGUAAAUAUGGCUGAGAUGCAAUAAAUCAAUCCAUGAUGAGGA